AUGUCGCCGCCGUUUCGCCCAAUGCCAAGGACUCGGACGCGAUACAGCGCCCGGCCGGCCGUUGCUGCGGCCUGUCUCGUGGUUUUGAUCACUGCCUUUGCGCUGUUCAAGAUUGCAAACACGCCGGGUGUCGGCACUUAUCGCCAACCUCCGACGAGGAGGAACUUGCACCCGAGUGACAUCGACUGCCGCCAGGUACACCAAGCCGCGGAUCAGUGCGCCUUCAUCUUGGCCAACUGCGAGGACGACGAGGCCGGCUUGAUCCACUACCUCUCCUUCUACUAUUGCACCCUGUCCGCCGCGAAGCCGCUUGCCUUCGCCAUCCUCGUUAUCUGGCUGGGCCUGCUGUUCACCACCAUCGGCAUCGCCGCCAGCGACUUCUUUUGCGUCAACCUCAGCACCAUCGCAAGCGCGCUGGGCCUAAGCGAAAGCCUGGCCGGCGUCACCUUUCUGGCUUUCGGCAAUGGCUCACCGGACGUCUUCAGCACCUUCGCCGCCAUGGGCUCCAACAGCGGGAGCAUGGCCGUUGGCGAGCUGCUUGGCGCCGCAGGCUUUAUCACCGCCGUCGUCGCCGGCUCCAUGGCUUUGGUACGCGAGUUCAAGGUCAGCAAGCGCACCUUUGUGAGGGACGUUAUUUUCUUCAUUUCCGCCAUCAGUUUCACCAUGGUCUUCCUGGCCGACGGCGACCUGCAUCUGUGGGAGUGCUUCACCAUGAUCGGCUUCUACUUGUUCUAUGUCGUUGUCGUCGUUGGAUGGCACUGGUUCAGCAAGCGGCGUAGGAGGCAGCGCAUGAGGGAUGCCGCAUCUCGCACCCACUUCUACGGACCUUCAGGCCACGGCAGCGAAGAGCUAGAACCUUACCGGGACGAGCCGGACGAGGACGAGGCAGCUCCUGUUGGCCGUCGAUCCAGCAGCUCCCCAGACCCUGGCGAUAUCAGCGUCCUGGAACGGGGUCCCCGCAUUGCGGUUGAUGGGGUACCAGCCGCCAUUGAAAACGAUGACGAUGAGCACCGGGAUAUACACGUCGCUGCCGAAAUGGCAAGCAGCAUGCGUGUCAACCGCCCGCGCUGGGGGCGGAGCAACACCACCAUCACCCCAAUCCGACCCAGUCUUGUUGGCGCGCUCGAGUUCAGAUCGGUCUUGCACUCGCUGCAGAAGGAGAGAAACAUGCACUUGGGUCCGCUCCAUGGAAGGUCACACUCGGUCCAGCAACCAUCUUUUGCCGGUCUCGAGGACUCUCGCGGGCGUCCGCAGAUCAAGCCGGCGCCGGCACGGGUCCCACCGUGGUCGAGAGAGCGCGCGCUAUCCUAUGGAAACGAACCACGCAACUUAGAGAAUGCGGGCAUCCCCCAUCUCGGUUCUCUCUCAAUGCCGCACACGCGGUCAAGCUCGGCUGCUCGUACCGUUGACGGAAGGCUUGCGCCGCCAGUGGGUCCUGCCGGCCCAGCUGACCAUGCCUCUCAGUCUCCAAAACAGACUCAACAGUUUCUGCAAAUCCGGAUCCCUUCCCCCAGUGGACGAUCCAGCGGGCAGUCGUCCCCCUCAAUUUCCCCCUUUCCGGGGCUUUCCGAAUCACCAGCCGUGCUCACGCCAUAUCAUGAGUCGAGGACGUUUUCAUUUCCUGUCCCGUCCGAGUCAGACCGGCAGUCCUUCGCAGGCCUUGACGACCAGCAAGAGAAUCCACGGCCGGUCAAAUGGUGGCCCUACAGCGUAUUACCGGCACCCCAUGUCCUCCUCGCUACUGUUUUUCCAACUCUCCAAGGAUGGAGGGGGAAGACACCCUGGGAUAAGAUAAUCAGUCUAAUCUCGGUGCCAAGCAUCUUCUUGCUGGUCGCAACAUUGCCGGUGGUGGAAACGGAGAACGAGGAGCAUGGCCCUGACGGCGACAUCGCCGAUCCCCCUGAGCAUGGCCAUGCCGGCAACACGGCUCCAGCCGUCUCGGUAGAGAACAGCGCCGAGAUCCAGCCCGAGACCGAGUGGCAGGCCUACCGACGACAACGGCGCACCCGAUCCGUCACGUCGAGAUCCCCGCUCAGCGGGUCUCCGUCCGUCCUCUCCCUCGACGCGCCCCAACUACCAUCGCAACAGCAACACCAACAACAGCCCCCGACCGCCACAACGCCUCCAACCCUCCCCAAACCAGCAACCCCUGCCUCUGCGUCGUCCACGACACCACUCACACCCGGCUGGAACAGAUGGCUCGUCGCCGUCCAACUCUUCACCGGGCCCCUCUUCGUAGCCUUCGUCCUCUGGGCCAACACGGCCACCGACAUGCCCCACCCGCGCCGCACCCUCCUGCGCAUGGUGCUCUACUCCCUUCUCCUCUCCCUCUGCCUGCUCGCCGCCUUGCUCGCCACCACGACGGCGGACAAGAAGCCCCAGUACCAUUUCCUCCUGUGUUUUCUGGGGUUCGUCAUAUCCGUCGCGUGGAUCUCGACCGUCGCCGGCGAGGUGGUUGGCGUGCUCAAGGCGAUGGGCGUCAUACUGGGUAUUUCGGAGGCAAUUCUGGGGCUGACGGUGUUUGCGGUGGGGAAUUCGCUGGGCGAUCUCGUCGCCGAUGUCACGGUUGCCAGGCUAGGGUACCCCGUCAUGGCGCUGGCCGCGUGCUUUGGCGGGCCGAUGCUGAAUAUCUUGCUUGGGGUUGGCAUGGGGGGCGCGUGGAUGGGAAUCCAACAAGCCGUGGGCAAGGGCAAGGGACAUCAUGGGAGGGUUAAGUAUGAGCCGUAUCAUAUUCAUGUGGGCGGGACGCUGAUGAUUUCGGCCGUGACGGUGUUAUUGACGCUGGUGGUGCUGUUGAUUGUCGUGCCCUGGAAUGGAUUCGAGGGCCAAGAGUGGUCCGCAAAGGGCCACCUGCGAAGCCGAAAUGCCGAUACUAUUUCUCGCCUGUUUAUGCGACCUACUAUUGCCGGGGACGCGGAUCCUAGGGGAACGAAGCAUCUACAGCGCCAGACGGCCGUCCAGAACUCAGCGACGGGCGCGGUAGCGCUGGAUGCACUCCUCGAUGCGGUCAACAAAUGGCGGGCCACGGCUGCGUUCGACAGGGCGGAUGAGCCACUCCUUGUGCUCCUCCUGGACGCUGGCCCUGAUCCGGAUGUGCUGAAUAUCCGCUACCUGGGCGCAUGGAACCCUUGGCGGAUUAUGUGA